AUGUCCACAACAGUCGACGUCUCUGGGGACAUUGACGCGCCACUUAUUCCCGAAAAGAAAGAGACUACCAUGGCUUCCUGGAGUAACAUCGCGCUUACUGGCAAUCUCAGGGAUGUCGUCAAUGCUCAGCGCGAGAAAAUAAGACCUUGGAGUGAAUUCGCUGAACAGAAGGAGUUCUUUGCACCAGCUGGGCUGCAGGAGUGGACUAAACGGGCUCUUAAGAAUGUCUCCCACUACCAGUCAAACUACAUCAUCGUUUUCCUUGUUCUCAUGACUUAUUGUAUUCUUACAUCACCACUUCUUCUUAUCGCCUUGGCUGUCUCUGGAAUCGGAAGCUACACUGUAUCGAAGCAUGAAGGUCAAAACCUCCAAAUAGCCGGCAAAGAGGUCCCAAGCAAAUACAGAUACGCUCUUGUCGGAGUUAUUUCCGCUCCCUUGUUGUUUAUCGCUGGUGCUGGAGCUGCCCUCUUCUGGACUCUAGGUGCCACAGCUACCAUCAUUGGUGGGCAUGCCACUUUCCGCAAAGCUCCAGAGACUCCAGAUCCAUUCGCUCAAGAAGUUUGA